AUGAUGGCCAGUGAAAAGGCGUUCGAGGUGGCAUCCGAGGCGGCAUCCGAGGAUACCAUCCUGAUGAAUGAGGACUAUGAGAUUAUCAAGCAGUAUUGGUUCCCUCGCUCUGAGACAUUCAAAUCCCUGAUUGAAAUUCAGAACUUGGUCCGUGAGAAUCCCGAAGCCGACGAGCAUUUCCAACGGCUGAGGGAAAGCACCAUCACCGUAACUCCGGAACAGCAACGGUACUUCUUCCGCAUGAUGAUGAAGAUUGGUAGUGAGAUGCAAGCCAAGGAGAAUAUCAUCCCACCACCUGCCAGAACCAUCAAUCUCCGAGCUCUUGACAUUUGCAUGGCUCCCGGAGGAUACUCUGCAACCGUCUUCAAGUUCAAUCGAUAUGCAGAGAUCCGAGGCUUGAGCUUGCCUCCCGAAGAUGGCGGACACGAAAUGCAUCUUCGAAACUGGCAGGAAGACAAGCGAGUCAAGAUCGAGUUCGUGGAUGUCACCAUGCUGUCUUCUGCUUUGGGAUAUCCCAAGCUUGUCCCUGCAGAUCAUCCACAUGCUGCCAAGUUCUCCAACCAAGUCCCCUUCAAAAACGAGACCUUUGACAUCGUCUUCUGUGAUGGCAUAGUUCUCUACAGUCACGCGCGGGCCCAGGAAACAGUCUGCGAGUCAUCCCGACUGACUAGUGCGCAGCUUAUCAUCGCCAUGCAGAGACUCAAGCCAGGUGGCACCCUCGUCAUGCUGUUGCACCAAGUCUACAGCCCCGCCACUGUUCGUAUCCUGGCAGCCUUCAACAAGUUUGCCAAUAUCUCCCUCUUCAAGCCCACCGUGAGCCACCGAAAUCGCAGUUCAUUCUACCUGAUUGCCAAGAAUGUUGAGCCUGCCAGUGGGGAAGGCCAGAUCUUCUUGAAGAAUCACCAAAUCAAGUGGAUGCGUCAGACUGCCGAGAGCUUUGACUUGGAGGUCCCCGAGGAUGAGUUUGAGGAGGAUGAAGAGCCGAUGGAUGAGAUUAUGGACACUUUUGGGGACGAGCUUCUUCAACUUUCUGAACCGCUUUGGGAAAUUCAGAUCGAAGCGAUGAAGAAGCUGUUUUUCGCGGAGAAGUGA